GCUUUGAAAUGAUGAUGUAAAAGUUUAUCUGCACGAGCUUUGUUACAAGUAGAUGGGACCAAACCCUAUAAAUUUGGAACAUAUAAUUAUUUAAGCUUAUGGGUGUGUUUAAUUUAUGACCAUGCAUGAUUAAUUAUUGUGGAAAAUAAAUUUUGAGUAAAUUAUUUGAGCUUGUGCUUAUGUGUGUACGCACUCACAGAUAUAUCGGUCACAGAUUGACAGAGAGAAAAUGGCCAUGACCAAUGUCCAAGAAAUGUCUAUGAAUGGUGAGCAGCCACCUGCUGAAUAUAUUGUUAAAGAAUGUAGGUUUGGAUCCAUGGAUUCUUCUCCACCAUUGGCUGAUGAAAUCCCCAUCAUUGAUAUCAGUCUCUUCUCCCCAUCAUCUCCUCAAUAUUCUGAACAAGCAGAAAAUCAUGAGCUACAGAAACUCAGAUCAGCACUCAGCUCGGCAGGAUGCUUCCAGGCAAUAGGCCAUGGGAUUUCGGAUUCACUUCUUGACAAGGUACGUGAAGCAGCAAAACAAUUCUUUGCACUUCCAGUAGAAGAGAAGGAAAAAUACCCCCGCGCAGUUCAUGGCGGCGCCGAAGGAUAUCGGAACGAUGUCGUAGUAUCGGAAAAGCAAGUUCUUGACUGGUCCUAUCGUCUCACUCUCAGGUUCUUCCCAGGAAACCAAAGAAGGCUUCAUCUUUGGCCUCAAAAUCCAAAUGAUUUUGGGUACAUGCUACAUGAAUAUGCAACGAAGGUAAAGUUGAUGAUAGGUAUUGUGUUCAAGGCAAUGGCAAAGUCGUUGAAUUUGGAAGAUAACAGCUUUGCAAAGCAGCUGUUUGGAGACCAAUCUCUGAUGCAAGCAAGGUUCAACUUCUAUCCUCCGUGCUCGAGAUCUGACCUCGUCCUCGGCGUCAAGCCUCACAUGGAUAGGUCCGGCGUGACAUGUCUCUUGCAAGACAAGGAUGUGGAAGGCCUUCAAGUAUUGAUAGAUGAAAAAUGGGUUAGAGUCCCCAUUCUUCCUCAUGCUAUCGUUCUUAAUCUCGGUGAUCAGAUGCAGAUCAUGAGUAAUGGGAUUUACAAGAGCGCCAUGCACAGAGUGGUGACAAAUGCAGAGAGGAUGAGGUUAUCUGUUGUUUUGUUCAAUGAACCCGAUCCUGAAACCGAGAUUGGUCCGGUCGAGGACUUGAUCGACGAGACAAGGCCGAGGUUGUACAAGAGUGUCAUGAAUUAUGCUUCUAUCAACUCCGAAAGCUAUUAUAGAGGGGAAAUUGCACUCGAAACAGUCAGAAUCUAAUUUAUUCUACUCACUAGCUAUCUUUUCCUGUUUUAAGUAACCUAAUAUAUUUUGUACUAUAUAGUAUAUUCUACUUAGUAGAUGUAAGUGGUCUAAUAUCUUAGUGUAUAGAAUGUUGAGUUUAUAUCCAUGCGUCUCAAGUUUGAAACUCCACAUCUCCAAAGUUAUUGUAAUACUUUCAAAUCUCCCCUUCCUUCCCUUAAUGAUAUUAAAAUUAAAAAAUAUA